GUUAAGCCGGUAGUUAGUCUUGUUGCGUUCUGGGGAGUGUGAUCAUGUCGGUCGUGUUAUCAGUCGUGGCACUGCUAAUGAUCAGUGCCGGUCAAAGUCAUGGCCAGCAGAAGGAAACGUUCAAAUUGUGCGUACCGCAUCAGAUUAUGGAUGCCUGCCAGGAUCUGAUGGCCAAACCGGAUGCGACCGUUCAGGUUCAGUGCAUAGCCGGUCGCGAUCGGAUGGAAUGUCUGGAGAAGGUUAACGGUCGGGAGGCUGACUUUGUGGCCGUCGAUCCGGAAGAUAUGUAUGUGGCUUAUCAUAUGGCCAAUCAGGAUUUUAGUGUGUUCACUGAGUUCCGCACACUGGAAGAACCGAAGGCCGAGUUCCGUUACGAGGGAAUUAUUUUGGUUCGUAAGAGUGACAACUUCAGAAGUUUGGCCGAUCUUCGGGGCAAAAAAUCUUGCCAUACAGGGUACGGAAGGAACGUUGGUUAUAAAAUUCCAAUCACCAAGUUGAAGGCGGCAGGCGUGUUCAAGCAGGCCACCGAUCCAGAAUUGUCUCCUCUUGAGAAAGAACUGAAAGGUUUGAACGAUCUUUUCGGAAGCUCGUGUCUAGUUGGAAAGUACUCUCCAAAUGAUGAAGUGAACAGGUUGCUCAAGAAACGCUACUCCAAUUUAUGUGCCCUUUGUGAACGACCGGAAGUGUGUGAUUAUCCAGAUAAGUAUUCUGGUUAUGAUGGAGCGAUUCGGUGCUUGGUAGAGAAUAACGGCGACGUUGCGUUUACCAAGGUGAUCUACGUGAACAAAUAUUUUGGCCUCCCAGUAGGAGGUGCUCCAGCCAAACCGGCCUUGAACCCAAAUGCGCGAACCGAAGACUAUGUCUACUUAUGCGAAGAUGGAUCGACUCGUCCAAUCACCGGACCAGCAUGCUCAUGGGCUCAACGACCCUGGCAAGGAUACAUGGGCAAUGGGGACAUCAACACUCGAUUCCAACGUCUGCAGAAGCGUCUUCAGCAAUUCUACGAAGAUGCCAAAAAUUCUGCAAACACCGACAAAGCCAUCAAGAUGUGGGUGGAUCGAAAGAAUCUUCUUGUUGAUCGCGACGUUCCCGUUCAACCGGGAGAUCACUUGAACCGAGCGCAGUACAAGGACGUGAUCGAGCGUGACGGUCCUUUCGAAAACAAGAUCAAACUAUGCGUGGCUUCCCAAUUGGAAUUGAGCAAGUGUGAAAUUAUGCAAAAGGCUGCCUACUCACGUGACGUACGCCCGGCCUUGGAAUGUGUUCUGAAGAGCAAAGAUGGUUGCGUCGAAGCUGUACGUCGAGGUGAAGCCGAUGUCGUAGUACUUAAGGGUGAAGAUCAAGACGAUUCAUCCACUAGCGAGCUCAAGUCUAUCCUAUUCGAACAGUAUGACGAAGGUGACGUAAUGGUCGCAAUUGCUGACAAGGGAAUCAGUCGCGACCAGGUUUUGAAAGCUCCAUUAGCAUUCGACUCCACGGACACACGUGCCGUUUCGGCCGCGGUGUUCUUCAACGACAAGCGCCAACGGAAUAUCUGCCCGAACAAACUGACUUCAACCGAAAACGCGCCAAUUCAGGUCGUUUCGGCCCAAGAUCUGACCCGACUGGGAGCGAACAAGAUGCUGAUCUGUCCCACUCUGGAGUUGGAACCGGUCGGCAACUAUCAGACGUGCAACGUCGACUACACGCUGCCGACGGGAGUAUACGUGCGGAAGGACAUCACCGGCCAGCUGGAGGACAACAUUGCUCACGCUUUCGUGGCCCUGUCGGAUAAGUUCGGCCACGGAGCCAAGACCGAGGUGGUGUUCGAAAUGUUUGGCGAAUAUAAACCGGGCGCGAAGAACGUUCUGUUCCACGAUCGGGCAGCGAAGUUCGGUGCGGCCGGCAACAAGAUUGGUGAUGUGGAUCCAAGCAACUAUCAGCGGUUGAUGUGUUUAUAAGACAAAAAGUGAUAAAACCCCAGAAGCCAUCUAAUAAAUAGGACUCAUUAAUUAUAUAAUUAUGGAAACAAAUUGAUCAGAAAUCCCCAUGGAAGCUGUAUGAUAGAAUAAAGCUUCUCACAUUAGCGGCUAUGCAUUAAAAAGGUUAUCAAUUUGUUUGAUUAUGAAGCAUGUUGGCUGUGUAGAUGUGCCUUUACCGGAACUGUUAGCCUCUAAUAUAGCAAGAUAAGUGCAAGAAAAAUAAAUAUUACAAUCUA